UUUUGUUUCCCAUCUUACCCCUAGUCUUUCGAGGAUGCGUGGCGUCGUACAUACGCGCCAAACAACUUCCCUGCAUAAACCCACACGCAGACCGCGAAGUUUCGAAACUCCAUUAGAACUGCAAAAUUCCCUCUUCAACUCUCGCUCGUUUCAGUUGUAAAGGACGAGAUUCCUGGUUUCGGAUUUUAUCUGCUAAAAUGCCGGAAGAUUUUUAUGCGGAGCGCUCAUUGUUUGGAGGUGCGAUUGUUAGCACCUUCCCUCUUAGGUUUCAGGAUGUGAGCAAUGUUCGACAAGUUCCUGAUCAUCAGGAGGUAUUUGUGGAUCCUGCUCGUGAUGAAAGCUUGAUCUUUGAGCUCUUAGAUUUUAAGCGUGAUGUUGGAGAUAAUGGAAGUGCCACCUGGUUUCUUCAAGACCUUGCUACUGAACAAGAUGCUGAAGGGUGCACACUGAUUGAGCACUCAGGAGUAGUUGAGGCCCCUGGUUUGCAUUACAGGAAUAUUCCUUCUGUUGUUACCACUGCUGUCAGCCAAAUGGCAAUUUCUAAGGGACGACAAGGAAGAGAAGCACAAAAUGUUGUAAAAAUUUAUUUGGCAAAUUUACGCCUUAAGGGAGUUACUACAGAUGUGCUAAUAACUGCAUAUGAACCGGUCUUAAUAAAUCCUUUGAGUGAAAGUGCAAGCACAGUUGGUGCUGGUUUGGCAGUUCCUGCUGCACAAUCUGGAUUUUUGCCGAUGGCUGAGGUCUUUAAGCUUGCUGUCUCUACCUUCAAAGUUAAUGACUGGAACCUUUUUGGUAGCUCUGCUGUAUAAGAUGUGUUCACCACAUAGUUUUGAUGAAGAAAAAAAAAAGUUUAGACGAGAAUUCUUGAGUAGUUUUCAUCAUUUUUUCCAAUUUCAGAGCAUUUAGUCUUUUCUUGUUUAGCUGAAUUAUUGUCCGUUUCAUGUGGCAUAAGCAGGUGUUUUGAUUGUUGCAUUCCAUCUGUAGCUAUUUUAAAUGCGUUGUAACCUGUGAUCUUGUAUCAACUGCAAAGUUAUUUACCGGACAAUGUAAUGAAUAUCAUUACUUUGCAUGAAA